AUGAGAGUCAAAAAGACGUUUUUGCCCCUCUUUGUUAUUGUGAAUCUGAUUUUUUUUGGUGUAAUUAGUGGUAUUGGUGGAGCUGAAGGACCUGAUCGUAUAUUUGUUGGGGGUUUACCGUAUUACUUUACUGAGGUACAGAUAAGAGAGCUGCUAGAAUCCUUUGGACCGCUGCGUGGGUUUGAUCUUGUGAAGGAUAGAGAUACUGGAAACUCUAAAGGAUAUGGUUUAUGUGUCUAUGUGGAUCAAGCAGCCACAGACAUUGCCUGUGCUGCACUUAAUGGCUUAAAAAUAGGGGAUAAAACACUCACAGUCAGACGUGCAACCAUCAGCGGGCAGAUGAAAUCUGAACAGGAGACCAUUAUGGCCCAAGCUCAACAACAUAUAGCUAUGCAGGGUUUUUUGAGGGCAGUGAGAGUAAUUCUUGUCCAGAUUGUGUUUGUGUUCUAA